AUGGCGGCUGGCGUGCUCUCGUCAGAGAUUCUUUACCUACCCCGUUUAAACCUCCAGACGUCUCUUGUAUUCAUCCUUGCCUUUCUUCUAGCUUGGUUGUAUCUCAAACGCCCGAGGAACCGUCCUCCCUACCCGGCAGGGUGGUGGCCUGUUCUCGGGCACCUCCUCGCCUUGGGCCGAGCGCCUCACCUCAAGCUGACGGCGUGGAGGCGGCAGUACGGGGACGUCUUUACUGUUAGGAUCGGGAUGGAAGAUGUGGUGGUUCUGAACGGCUACGCUGCCGUCAAGGACGCGCUCGUGGACAGGUCCGAGCUGUUCGCCUCCAGGCCGACAAAUUACAUAUUCGACCUCAUCACUGGAUUUGGGAAAGGUGUGGGUAGUGCACGGUGGGGAAAACCCUUCAAACAGAAGAAAAAGUUCGUCUCCACAGUCCUGAGGACUCUCGGCGUGAAGGAAGGCCUGGGCAGCAUGGAGGGGAAGAUUCGAGAAGAGACAGGCUGCCUCUGCGCCAAGGGGUAG